GGGCUGUGGCGCCGCGGCCAGGGCCAGGGUCGCCCCGGACACACCGCCCGCCGCCUGCUGGCCGCGCUGGCUGGCGUUUUCGUGUGGGAGGAGCGGCAGAUCCAGGAGGAGGAGCUGCGGAGGUCCGCAGAGGAGAUGAAGCACAUGCGGGAGAUGGUCAGCUUCUUCCCCAGUGGCAGUGAGGAGCGGCCGGAGCCUGUAACGCCAGCAUGUAGUGAGCCCACCUGGGAGCUGGUGAUGGACAAGAAGCACUUCAAGCUGUGGCGACGGCCAAUUGAAGGGAACCACCUCUAUCAGUACAGAGUUUUUGGGACCUACACAGAUGUGACCCCCAGGCAGUUCUUCAAUGUGCAGCUGGACACUGAGUACCGAAAGAAAUGGGAUUCUCUAGUCAUCAAACUGGAUGUGAUAGAGCGAGAUGUGACCACUGGCUCAGAAGUGGUCCACUGGGUAACCCACUUCCCGUACCCCAUGUACUCACGGGACUAUGUCUAUGUCCGGCGGUACAAUGUUGAUAAGGAAAAUAAUCUGAUGGUGCUGGUAUCACGGGCAGUGGAGCACCCCAGUAUCCCAGAGGAUCCUGAGUAUGUCCGUGUCCGGACUUAUGAGUCGCAGAUGGUCAUCCGCCCGCACAAGACCUUUGAUGAGAAUGGUUUUGAUUACCUGUUGACGUACAGUGACAACCCUCAGACCGUGUUCCCCCGCUACUGUGUCAGCUGGAUGGUCUCUAGUGGCAUGCCCGACUUCCUGGAGAAGCUACAUGCAGCCACCCUCAAAGCCAAGAGGAUGGAGAUUGAGGUGCGGGACUACAUCUCUGCCAGGCCGGCUGAGAGCAGCAGCAGUGAGAGCAAAGCCAGCCUGCCCAAUGCAGAGCACAAGCCAGAGGGCACCCGCAGUCCUGCACAGCUGGGCUAUGCCUGAGGGCCGGCCCAGAUCCAGCCAGCUGGGAAGCUGGGGGUGUGAGACUCCUCCCCCUCUUGUCUCUGGACCCUUCCUCAUUCCCCAUCUGGAGACAGGAGUUUGCAUCUUGCCCCUGGCCAUGUGUUUUCCUGGCCUGUGAACUGUAGUGUCUGCAUCCUCCCUCUCUGUGCUCAUGGGCGCUGUCCUCGUGAAGCAUCUCCUCUGUACAGAAUGAACAGGCUUGCCCUCCCGCCUGCUUCUCUCCCUUCCACACUGGCUGGGGCCA